ACACUACCAGAGCAAGAAGAAGCCAGGAGAGUGAUGGUGUUGAAUAUAUUUUUAUUUCCAAGCAUUUGUUUGAAACAGAUGUACAAAAUAACAAGUUUAUUGAAUAUGGUGAAUAUAAAAACAACUACUAUGGCACGAGUAUAGACUCAGUUCGGUCUGUCCUUGCUAAAAACAAAGUUUGUUUGUUGGAUGUUCAGCCUCACACAGUGAAGCACUUAAGGACACUUGAAUUUAAGCCCUAUGUGAUAUUUAUAAAGCCUCCAUCAAUUGAGCGUUUGAGAGAGACGAGAAAAAAUGCAAAGAUUAUUUCAAGCAGAGAUGACCAAGGUGCCGCAAAGCCUUUUACAGAAGAAGACUUUCAAGAAAUGAUUAAAUCUGCACAGAUAAUGGAAAGUCAAUAUGGUCAUCUGUUUGACAAAAUUAUAGUAAAUGAUGAUCUCACCGAGGCAUUCAGUGAGCUAAAAACAACUUUUGACAAAUUGGAGACAGACACCCAUUGGAUACCAGUGAGCUGGUUACAUUCAUAACUAAGGGAAAUUUCCAUAUUCAUCUUUUUUAUAGAGUGCAUGAUUAAAUCGGUUACCGUUUUGGUAGUAGGGUUUUUUUUUAAUGUAGAUCACUGUCUUAGAUGUACAGUCUUGGUUAAAUUUAUUGCCAGCUUUGUUCAUAUCUUUUUACAACUUUAUUUCAAACACAAUGUAUAAGACCCAAAAUCAAAGUUUGCACAGUACUGUAUUCUGAAGGAGACUUUGAACCCCUGGUUGUUUUUAAUAUAACUCUGUCUGCAAGAUGAGGUGGAAUUUUUUAAAGAGACACAGCUAGAGACUUAAUAUGUAUCUGAGUUCUGCACUUCAGUUGGUCUCAGACGUGAUGGCUGCCAUCGAGUUUGCAUGUUAGCAGUUGAAGGUAUUAACUUAGCAGCCUUGAGCAGCUCCAGACAGACAGGACAGCUUUGCUAUUUCCGGAUGGAUCAUCACAGAUUUAACUGAGCUGGCAGUAAAGAGUCCUCUCACUAUUCAAAGAGUGCAGACUUUUUCUUAGGUAUACACAAUAUGUUCACAGUGUGUGCAUUUUUAAAUCUUUCUUAAAGGAGUAACUGAAUAUUUACCCUGAGUGAGUGGCCUUCAUAUCAAAGCUUGAGAAGUCCUUGAGUACAUAUCAAUGACAGAUCUUUAAUAAGGGAAAACAGACUUUUAAAAAUUAUUAUAUAUGUAACUAAAAACCUUUCCUUAUGGCAUUAGUCUUAGUAAGAAUGGUGAUGUCUUGGGGCAAGAAAUGAUUACAAAGGACAUUUUUAUUUAUAAAUUCUCAGAAGACAUUUCUGGAAUCACCAAAAAGCUUUUCUUAGCUGCCUUUGGGUUGUCCCCAUAAAUUAUAAGAAUGUGAUUCCUAUUGUAAAACAUGCUUUACAUAUUACUGAUAUAGUUAAAGAAAUGUGAUCAUUUUUCAGAUAUGUGCAAUUGAUCACCACAUAUUUAAAUUUCACCAAGACGUGUUUUGGAAAACUUCAUGUAGUGUUAUUUGUCAUCAAAAUGAUUCUUAACACUGGCCAGAUACCCUUCUAACCUUGCCAUUGUUAAAGAAGUUUAAGAGAGACUAUUACAUUGUAAAUAUUUAGGUAGGAUCUCUCAUUUUUCGUUGAUACUACUGAUCUUCAGCAAGUGAAUUAUAUAGUUCCAAGUACUAGAAAUGCCCAUAAGUUCUGUAAGAGAACAUGUCCUACCAUUCUUGCAUGCAGUAAGACCCUGCCAAUUGAAAAUCACUGCAUCUGUGACUUUCAAACAGAAAAAAAAAAAAUGUUAUUUUUUGUUGAUUUGUAAAGAGAGUUUAGAUGUCAUGUUUAAAGAAAGAUAGAAUGUAAUGAAAUUUUAUAUAUUUAUGAAAUAUUUGAAAGGAAUAUUUUUUUAACUAUCAAAUUGAGCUAUUCAUAAAAUAAAUUGAUUGUAUGUAAAGAUGUCAUAAUUUAAAAUAGUAGUUUUAUAAAUCAACGUUAACAUUCCAUGUAAAUAUUUGACCUUUACACAGAUACGUCCACAAGUGGGUUGUAUGUGCCCUGCACAUUCAGUAGCAUUAUUCGCUGGAUUUCCUUCAGAUAUGUCAAAUUGCACAUUAGAAAUAGACAAAUGUAACUCCAAUGGCCUUGAUAUACAUUCACACCAAAAUAGGUAGAUAAUGAGACUAAAUGUUAUAUAACAACAUAAUUCAAACAGUGAGUUCUAAGUUUAUUAAUUAAAUGGCAAGCAAUUUAGUUAAAAAAAAAAUCAAGGAGAGGGUUACCAAAUCCAAUGCUAAAGCCAUACUUUGAAGGUGUGGCUGGUCUAAGAGAAGUACAAGUUUUAAAUAGAUAGUUUGGGUAGAAUAUUUUGACUUUAAUUUCUUAUAAAUCAAGACUCCUUAUACAAAAAAAAUGAUGGGAAGUGUAUAGUGACUUAGGCAUUCAUCUGAAUAAUUUAGGCAGUCCAAAUUCUUUACUCUGAAAUAUUCACACUGAUUUUUUUUUUCUCAUUUGCAGAUAAUUGCUUUAAUUCUUCACUUUGGAGAUAGAGAUAUAGUAUAAGGUGGUGGUGGCAAUAGGGGUGGUAAUAAAAAUAUAACUGUCCAGAGCUUUCUCCUUUUUUAGACCAGAGCUAGAACAUUAUUUUUAAAAUAAUGAAAAGAAAGGGGCAUUUUGGCAAUUCAAGAAAUAAGGUAGUAUUCAUUGUCUUAUAAGUGGUGUUUGUAUGGCCAUCUCGAUGCUUAGAGAGAGAUGUGAUGAAAAUUUAGUAAGGCAGGGCCCAUUACAAGGGUUCAAUGAUCACUGUAGCAAAAGGUCCUUGAUCCUGUAUGGUCCUGACCCCAACUCCCUUCUCCAGCAAGAACAGCCCAUGCUCCCCACUUGUAUAGCAGACUGCUUCCGAGAUAGAGAGUCAGCCACUAUUUGAGAGGAAAGGAAUGUUUGCUUUUUUAAAGCCAUAUAUUUAAAAUCCAAGACCAAGAAGGAAGUUCUAUACUCCCAUGAUUGAAAAAUUAGAGUUGGUUAAAAAUAAAAAGGUGAAAUUGAAAUAUAAUUUUUUUACAAUGAUUUUACUAACCAAUAUGAAAGUUCUUGGUAUCUUAUAAGGCUGACAUUUUUGGUAUUAUAUGAUUGAAUGUAUCUAAAUUGUAAUAAUUUAAAAUUGACAAAUAUGUAAACUUCUCAGAUUUACAAAACUAUGUUAAAAUCUUCCUGAAGAUACAGAUUUUUAUUAUUUAUUUUCUUUUUGACUAGUAAGGAUUUAUAAAUAAAUGUAAUGGAAAACCUUUGAUCUUAAUAAAGUAUCUUUGAACAAUAUCAACAUA